CACCCACGCACGUGGUGAGUACAGGCUUCAUAAACAAGCCGCUGUCACUUAGUUGGUCAGUGUUUCCACUGAUCCCACGUCAGUGCAGAGGCUCAGAGAAGAUGGCACUGGCCGACACAGAGCGCGGAGUGUCCAACUGCGGCGACCCGGGUUCCCCGUUUUCAGAGAUUAUUGAGCUGAAUGUCGGCGGACAGGUUUAUGUUACCAGACAUAAAACACUCAUCGCCGUCCCAGACUCGCUGCUGUGGAACAUGUUCAGCAAGAAGUCACCCAAGGAGUUGGCAAGAGACAGCAAAGGGCGCUUCUUCUUGGACAGGGACGGGUUCUUGUUCCGCUACAUCCUAGAUUAUCUCCGAGACCUGAACUUGGUCCUCCCGGACUACUUCCCCGAGAAAAGUCGCCUGCAGAGGGAGGCUGACUUUUUCCAGCUGCGGGACCUUGCCAAACGCCUCAGCCCCCGGGUGAUUAAGGACGAUUCAAUUAGCGAGGAGAUCAGCCAGAGUGACACGGAGGAAGGUGCGCAGCAGUGCGGAUCAUCCGGCGGUAUGGAGACUUUACGCGCCAUGUCGGUCAGCGGGGCCAUGCGCUCCCCAUCCCUGGACUCCAAAAAGUCGGGCUAUAUCACAAUAGGUUACCGCGGCUCGUACACCAUUGGCAGAGACAUCCAAACCGAUGCCAAAUUCAGGAGAGUAGCGCGCAUCACCGUUUGCGGUAAGACUGCCCUGGCCAAAGAAGUGUUUGGGGACACGCUGAACGAGAGCAGAGAUCCGGACAGGCCCCCGGAGAGAUACACAUCCCGGUACUAUCUCAAGUAUAAUUUUCUAGAGCAGGCAUUUGACAAGCUGACGGAGGUGGGCUUCCACAUGGUAGCCUGCAGCUCCACAGGCACCUGCGCAUACACCAGCAAUGAUCCAAACGAGGACAAAAUCUGGACAAGCUACACUGAAUAUGUCUUCUGUCGGGAUUAACUAACAGUAAACAUGUCGAGUUUAUGUAAAUAGACAUUUCAUAAUCUAGAGGGGAAUGUCUCAAAAUAUAAUUGCAUUUGCUGUGUUGAAUGGGAACGUUGGUCAAAGAGCCAGUGACUGCAAAAUACUGCUCCAUUAUUCUAA